UUUUUACACGCUGGCACACUGUCGUGUUUUACUGAGGAAACUUGACCUGAGCAGAGUCCCAGUUAUCAGGAACACCUGUGUUUCCCCCUACUAAGAAAUGUCCUGAUACCUGCUGCAGACUGUACUGGUUGUCGCCCCCCUGUGGUCGAUGGACAAAGAGGAGUUUUAGGUCAAGUAUACUGUAAUGUGCAAAGAGAUGUUUAAUCACAAUUUUUUUUUUCAUCAAAUGAUGACUCAAAAAAACAACUUCUCUGUGUGUGUCUUGCAGAAACCUGCCCCAGGGCACGAAGGAGGAGGAGGAGGAGGAGGAGGUCUGCUCCUCUCUGAAAAUAGCACAGAGAGGAACACGAGAGUGUGUGCUGGAAAAACACCCGUUGUGAUGGUUGUUGUUGGGGCUCCGGGGAUUGCAACACUGACCGCCCUGUCGCUGCUGCUCAUGUGUGACAGGUCCUGUUGGAGCAGCAGUGAUAUUUCGUUUUUGGGGCUCCAAAGAACGACAAGCAUACUCUUAGAUUUUUCUCCCCAAAAAAAGGGAUCAUGGGGGAUCUACGGCAGACGAUGGGAGUCAUGUCACAAACCUUAUGCCCACGUUCUCGGGCUUCCUCCGUCGAGGACUUGAAGGGGAAUUCUGGGAAGGAAGAGAAAAUGAACAUGAAAAGAGAAAUUUCUCUCACGAAUGGAGUCUGCCUCAUUGUGGGCAACAUGAUCGGAUCCGGCAUCUUCGUCUCGCCGAAGGGCGUGCUCAUGCACAGCGCGUCGUACGGGCUGUCGCUGCUGAUCUGGGCCCUCGGAGGCAUCUUUUCCGUCUUCGGCGCCCUGUGCUACGCAGAACUCGGCACCACCAUCACCAAGUCUGGAGCCAGCUACGCCUACAUCCUGGAGUCCUUCGGUGGCUUUCUGGCUUUUAUCCGCUUGUGGACGUCCAUCCUGUUGAUCGAACCGGCCAGUCAGGCUGUGAUUGCGUUGACCUUUGCCAACUAUCUGGUGGAGGCGCUGUACACGACCUGCCAGCCGCCCUACAUUUCCGUCCGCCUCAUUGCAGCAGCCUGCCUGUGUAUGCUCAUAUUCAUCAACUGUGCCUACGUGAAGUGGGGCACAUUAGUCCAGGACGUCUUCACGUACGCCAAACUCAUGGCUCUCUGCCUCAUCAUCAUCGUAGGCAUCCUGAAAUUAUCUUAUGGAGAAACCAAGAGCUUUGAGAAUUCGUUUGAAGGCUCCUCCACCGAUCCAGGAGCCAUAGCUUUGGCUCUCUACGCCGCCCUGUUCUCCUACUCUGGCUGGGAUACUCUCAACUUUGUCACUGAGGAAAUUCAGAAUCCGGAGAGAAAUCUGCCUCUGGCCAUUGCCAUUUCAAUGCCUAUAGUGACCAUCAUCUACCUGCUGACCAAUGUGGCCUACUAUGUGGUACUGGACAUACCAUCUCUGCUGGCCAGUGAUGCUGUUGCGGUGACAUUUGGGAAUGCCGCCCUGGGGCCAUUCAAGUGGAUCAUCCCUGUGUCUGUGGCCAUGUCCUGUUAUGGAGGACUUAAUGCUUCCAUCAUCGCUGCCUCACGGUUGUUUUUCGUUGGAGCCAGAGAAGGUCACCUUCCCAACAGCCUGAGUCUGAUCCACCUGGAGCGCUACACACCUAUACCUGCGCUGCUGUUCAACGGUUUGAUGGGCCUCAUCUUCCUGUGUGUGGAGGACGUCUUUCAGCUCAUCAACUACUUCAGCUUCAGUUACUGGCUUUAUGUGGGUCUCUCAGUUGCUGGGCUCAUCUAUUUGCGCAUCACACAGCCCGACAGACCCAGGCCCGUCAAGCUGACUCUGGUCAUCCCCUUCAUCUACUGCAUCUGCAGCUUGUUCUUAGUCAUCGUGCCUCUGUACGGAGACACCGUCAACUCUCUCAUAGGUAUAGGGAUCGCCCUCUCAGGUGUGCCAGUCUAUUAUGUCGCCAUCUACCUGCCUGAGGAAAGAAGGCCUAAGUUUAUACGCACAUUAAACACAUGGGUAACUACAUACACCCAGAAACUGCUCUACUGCUGUCUGACAGAACUUGACCAGGAAACAGGAACACCAGCUGGCGCAAAGUCCCAGUGAGCUGCUGAUUGAAUCUUGCCAAAUACAUGGCUGUAUUUGUUUGUCUGCUGCACCUGGGACUCUUCAAGGCAAGACCUAAAGGACAGACAGCAGAGCAGGGAAGUCAAUCACAACCCAAGGAAAAUGACCUGUGCCUGAGCAGGCCGUAAGAAACUCACUUGGAAGGAAACAUGUACACAAGAGACUGCAAAAAAAAAAAAAAAUAUAUAUGUGUAUAUAUA